GUCUCUGCGCACGCGCCGCUACGCGCUGACGUCAUCUCUCUACGUCGCCGUCCUGCCGCAUCAGUUUAUUCCAUUUUCUGAUAUUAUGAUGGAUAAACACUACAAAUCAUCUCUUCUUUUUUAAUUUAUCACACAAACAGCGAUAUGGGGGAGGCAGAGGGCAUCAGCACUGCCACUUCUACAGAGGAGAUAAAUGGCGCCGGGAACCUGAUGGACUUCUUGGACGAGCCGUUCCCAGACGUUGGCACUUAUGAGGACUUUCACACCAUCGACUGGCUGAGAGAGAAAUCCAGAGACACGGACAGACACCGGAAGAUCACCUGUAAGAGUAAAGAGUCCAUCUGGGAGUUCAUUAAGAGUUUGCUGGAUGCCUGGUCAGGAUGGCUGGUGAUGCUGCUGAUUGGUCUGCUGUCAGGCACGCUGGCUGGAGUGAUCGAUCUGGCUGUUGAUUGGAUGACGGAUCUGAAGGAAGGCGUGUGUCUGUCUGCGCUCUGGUACAGUCAUGAGCAGUGCUGCUGGACGUCCAAUGAGACCACCUUCGCCGACAGAGACAAAUGUCCUCAGUGGCAGAAAUGGGCUGAACUGAUGACGGGAUACACUGAGGGCGCAGGGGUGUACUUGCUGAACUACUUCCUGUACGUGCUGUGGGCGCUCUUCUUCUCCUUCCUGGCCGUGUCUCUGGUGCGAGUGUUCGCUCCAUACGCCUGCGGAUCAGGAAUACCAGAGAUAAAGACGAUCCUGAGCGGCUUCAUCAUCCGUGGGUAUCUGGGCAAGUGGACGCUGCUCAUAAAGACGGUGACGCUGGUGCUGGCCGUGUCGUCUGGCCUCAGUCUGGGGAAGGAAGGGCCGCUCGUGCACGUCGCCUGCUGCUGCGGAAACCUGUUCUGCAGCCUCUUCUCCAAAUACAGCAAGAACGAGGGCAAACGCAGAGAGGUUUUGUCGGCAGCUGCGGCCGCAGGAGUUUCUGUUGCAUUCGGAGCUCCAAUCGGAGGAGUUCUGUUCAGUCUGGAGGAGGUGAGUUAUUAUUUCCCUCUGAAGACGUUAUGGCGGUCGUUCUUCGCGGCACUGGUAGCGGCUUUCACGCUGCGCUCCAUCAACCCGUUUGGUAACAAUCGUCUGGUUCUGUUCUACGUGGAGUAUCACACGCCGUGGUACAUGGCCGAGCUGGUGCCGUUCAUCCUGUUGGGUGUGUUCGGGGGCCUCUGGGGGACGCUCUUCAUCCGCUGCAACAUCGCUUGGUGCCGGCGGCGCAAGACCACGCGGCUGGGCAAGUACCCGGUGCUGGAGGUGAUCGUGGUGACAGGGAUCACGGCCGUCCUGGCCUUCCCCAAUCCCUACACGCGGCGCAGCACCAGUGAGCUGAUCUCAGAGCUGUUCAACGACUGCGGCGCGCUCGAGUCCUCGCAGCUCUGCGACUACAUCAACAACCCUAACAUGAGCCGGACUGUGGACGACAUCCCCGACAGACCCGCCGGCCCCGGGGUCUACAGCGCCCUCUGGCAGCUCACACUAGCCCUCGUCUUCAAGAUCGUCAUCACCAUCUUCACAUUCGGCAUGAAGAUCCCGUCGGGUCUAUUCAUCCCCAGUAUGGCGGUGGGUGCCAUCGCUGGUCGUAUCGUGGGCAUCGCAGUGGAGCAGAUGGCGUAUCAUCAUCACGACUGGAUCAUCUUUAAGAACUGGUGCCGUCCUGGAGCAGACUGUGUGACUCCGGGUCUGUACGCUAUGGUCGGAGCCGCUGCGUGUUUGGGCGGUGUGACGCGGAUGACGGUGUCUCUGGUGGUCAUCAUGUUCGAGUUGACCGGGGGUCUGGAGUACAUCGUUCCUCUGAUGGCGGCUGCUGUCACCAGUAAAUGGGUGGCUGAUGCCUUCGGGAAGGAGGGCAUUUACGAAGCUCACAUCCAGCUCAACGGCUACCCGUACCUGGACCAGGACGAGUUCACGCACCGCACUCUGGCCACCGAUGUGAUGCGUCCACGCCGCAACGAGCCUCCUCUGGCCGUCCUCACGCAGGACAGCACCACGGUGGAGGACGUGGAGACGCUCAUCAAAGACACCGACUACAACGGCUUCCCUGUGGUGGUCUCGCGCGAGUCUGAGAGACUCAUCGGCUUCGUGCAGAGACGAGACCUCACCCUGAACAUCAAGAACGCACGUCAGAAGCAGGACGGGGUCGUCAGUAACUCUGUGGUGUAUUUCACUGAAGACGCUCCACAGAUUCCUGCGUCCAACCCUCAGCCGCUCAAACUCAGACGCAUCCUGAACCUCAGUCCCUUCACCGUCACUGACCACACGCCGAUGGAGACGGUGGUGGACAUCUUCCGCAAGCUGGGCCUGCGCCAGUGUCUGGUCACACGCAGCGGACGUUUGCUUGGAAUCAUCACCAAGAAGGAUGUUCUGCGACACAUGGCACAUAUGAUGAACCAGGAUCCCGAAUCCAUCAUGUUCAACUGAAGCUCAUCUGC